AUGUGGGACAUCCCCCACAAUGGUCAACUGUCCCAGUCCGGGAACGUGCGCGACCAGCAGGAUCAUCCCGGCUGGUCCAAGGUCAAGUGGUACCUCAGGUACCUCCAGCAAGGCAUGACCCUUGACGAGGCACUGAGGAAGGCAAAGGGAGGCACGGCCAGCGGCCCACCUGCCACCCCUCUCACUGGCACACACACCUCCUAUGCGGAGGCCACCAAGAGAGUCCGAGUGGCGGUGUUACCUGAGGAAUACCCACAGGUGCACCUGAGCCACGAAGAGCUGUCCGAGUUGGAGGAGGCCAUCAUGGACGACGUGGUCAUGUCGGCAUGGGAUACGGCAGUCGCAUUUAGAGCUAUCCACUUCAGGGUCGGAUAUCUCCUUAUCGAGUGCCUGGACCAGGACUCCGCGGACUGGCUGAGGGCCUUUGUGCCUCAGUUAAGAACGUGGAAGGGCUUGCCCCUAGGAACUAGGGUAGGAGAGGACAUCCCAGCGGUAUUCAAUGUUACGGUCUUCUGCCCCAGAAGCGCGGAGAGAAGUAAUGAGGAACUUCUCAUGAUGUUUGGGCGCCAGAACAAGCUGAAGACGGACGCCUGGAAAGUGAUCUCCCGGAAGAACGAUGGAGGCGGGGCACUCCUAGUUAUCGGGAUUGACCAGCUCACCCGAGACGAAAUCGUCUCUAAGGGGCACCAGCUGGACUUUAGAUUCGGCACCGUCUCGGUGAGCGAUCUAAGAAGAGCGGAAAAGAAGGCUGCGGCAAACGAAGCGCCCUCUGGCCCCACAGUUGGCAAAGAGGUGGUCGAGGAUUCCCUCGUCCUCACCGACGGGAGGAGUGAGGAUGAGGAACAUCUCAUGCCCUUCCAGGGCACUGCCCAGGAUCCCUCCCUAGAUGCCAGCUGUGGCCGUCGUCACACUGACGGAAGGCAGUGA